UGUCACACUCAUAGUACUCUAUAAACAUAAGACGGACGUGCAUCGCAAGAAAUUUAUGAAUAACGGAUGAAAUUAAAUUGUGCUUAAGCAUUGACAACAAUAAAAUUUAAACAUUGAAAUUACAUACAUUUAAAUUGUGCAUAUUUGUGGUGAAAACAAUAAAUUGAAACAGUAUUUUAUUUUGUAGUUUGUUAGCGAAACAAAAAGACACAAAAAAAGAGAAAAUCACAAUGGAUGAUGUUACAAGACGAUUUUUGGAGAAUGCACAGAAUCGCAGUAAAAAGCUUGGUUUGGCAAAUGGUGACUUAAAGGUACCAUUGAAAGAUAAUAAUGUCAAACAAACGGUGGCCGCAUCGCCAAAACGGCGUCAAUCGACCGAACGUAAGGCAUCAUCGGUCACAUCACCAUCGGUGAAAAAUCGAGCCGUUGCAUUGCGCACCAUCAAUAAUUCAUUGGGCGAAACGAAGAAUGCAUUAAAUAUCGAUGCAUCCAAGGAGAAUGUUGAUUUGGCACUCGAAAUCAAUAUCACAACCGGACCAAACGUUCAGGUACAGGUUGAGGUGGAAGAACAAGAAUUGGAUGGUGAUGGUAAAGUAUUGAAUACAAUACAAAAGCAACGAAAACAAAUAACAUCCAUCGAAGAGGUUGAACGUGUUGUGGAAAAUGUGACAACGCCAUCGUCAUGCAUACGCGAUUCAUCUCGUAAUCAAUUGCAUCGUUUGGGUGCAUUAUACUCAAAUCCACAGGAUCUAUCAUCACCGGUGCAUCGCACCGAAACUGCAUUUACCAUUGAACAAGAUCACGAAACUCGUUCCGGUACAAAGUUAAAGAAAUCAAAGAAACUCGCCGAAUUGGCCAAUUCAUACAAUGAAUGGGAAGAUGAUUCGAUAUCAAGAAAUCGUGCACACAAAACAAAUGCAAACGAUGUGGCUGCUGCUGCAACAAGCAAAUCAAAUGAUGCCAAAUCGUUUGGUGGCAUUAAAUCGACCGCAAAGUCACCACGAAAACAAGACGAAACAAGAGGUGCGACCUUUUUGAACCGCAUUGAUUCAAUUGAAAACAAAGAAUCGGACCACAAUAAGAAUUCCAAUACCAAAAAAUUGGAUUGGGAUAAAUGUAUAAUGAGCAGCCUGGAAAAGCAAGGUUUCAAACGACGUGACACCACCAACAAACGUUUAGAAUUUGAUUUUAAUGAUGAAACCGAUAGCAAACGAGACAAUCGACAUGUUUUAAAACCACCGUCCGGUGCAUAUGGUAAGGCCAACAAAGGUGCCGUGCCAAAACAAAUUGAAGCUAAACAGCCGUCAACGAAAAAAGUUGAAGUUACCAAAGGUUUGGUAUCUGGCCGUGCCGCUUUAUUUGAGACAAGCGCAUCGCGUGCUACAAACUCGGCAACAGCAAAUACAUCCAACAAUUGCAUCCAGAAAAAUGAAAAGGAUCCAGCUGAAAUGUCAUUGAAAGAACGAAUGGCAUUAUUUGAACGAAAUAAAAGUGGAGCAAUGAUACCAAAAUCAUCAAUAUCCUUACCAGCUUCCGUCAAACAAAUUAUGGCCGAUAAGAAACCAUCGGAGAAUAUAAAACAGGUGAUUACAACACCACAGCAACCAAUAAUCAGCAGUAUUGUUACAUCCGUGGCACCACAAUCAUCAGCCUCGGCAACGAAAAUUAACAAUUUUAAUAAAGCAACGAAAGCAGAAUCAGCCGCUUCCGGUUCUGGUAUACGGCAAACAGUUGCUGCUUUAUUGGCGGCACCGGCAACCAUUGCUGAGGCUCGCAUAGCCAACGAAAGCCGUAAAAACAUUGAACAUGAGAUGAAUGUCGUUUUGAAUCGUUUCAAUCAAAAACACAUCGAAGAACCGGCUACACCGCCACCAGCACCACCAAUGCCAGACAAUCUAUUCAAAUCGAAUUCGAGCGGACGCAAGAAACGAUUGAGCGAUGAACAUCUUGUUUCGGAAGAUGUUCGAAGAAGUAUCGAAAGUGUAAAACGCAUUAAAGUCAAUCCACCGAGAAAUGGCCAUGCGUAUCCAGCACUUUCUGACAUUGAGUCAUCGGGUGCUGAAAGAAUGACACCAGAAAAUUAUACACCCGAACCGGCUUAUACCGAUGACGAUAAUGAACAACCCAUCAUGGAUCGCUACAUGUACAGUUCACAAGAUGAAGGAGACGAAGAAGGGGACAGUUACAUGGAUUCAGAGGAAGAUAUGAGUAUUGAAUCUGAUCGUCGUGAUAAUGGGCGUCAUGUUCAUUAUGCCGACUCUUCAAUUACAACAUCUGAAGGGAGUGGCUUUGAUAAAUACUUGGAUGAAGCCAUUGAUAAUGUGGAAGAUGAUUUAGAUGAACGUAAUUACAGAGCGGCCGAAAAUGGUACACUUGCAUCGAACAGUUUCAGUUAUGAGCGAAAGCCAUUGAAUCGUCAACAUGAUACGAUAUUCGAAGGUGAAGCAACAACCAGUAAAACUAGCUCAAGAUUCCAAAGUCCAAUCAAAUCCAGAUUGACAGUGAAUCCAUCGGAUGACAAUAAUUCGGUUACAUUGACGCAUACCGUUAGUUUCUAUCGUCGUCAACAAGUACUAAAUUCACCAAGUGUUCACAAGGUGGUACAUCGUUCGCAUCCAACCUAUGAACAUGGUACAAUCGACGAGAGCACCGAUUUUUAUGAUGACGAUGAAAAGAUCACACCAGAAACGAAAUACCUUCGAUCCCAAGAAGAUUUGGCAGAACAAAAGAUCAAAACAUUGAUGAAAAAUGUUAUGAUUCAAAAUCAACAAAUUGCUCAAUCCAGCAAUGCACUGAACACAUGUGCAUCGACGCUCGAAUUCUCUGGAUCAGCCGAAUCAGUUGUGGCCGAAUGGAAACUUUUAGUUGCAACGCAUAGCCGAAAAGCAUUAUUAGAAGAAGUGGAACGAUUAAAAGCCCAACGAUUUUUACGUGCACCUGAUGCUCCGAAGGAAUGCGGUCGCUUAACAAUCAAAGAUAUUGUAUUGCCGUUGCGUGAUGAUUAUGUGAAAAAGGUGUCGGAAGAAAAAAUUGUUGGCCAUCAUUUGGUAUGUUUAUUGAAAUAUAAUGAACAUGUUCUUGCAACAAAAACUAUUCCAACAUUACCCGGACUCAGAGCUGUUAAAUUUCCGGGUGAAUUACACUUGGACAAUGUGUAUGCCGAUUUUAAAAUUACGCUCGAAAUUUACGGAAUGAUUGCACAAAAAGAAUGUAUACCGCAUGAUGCAAAGUAUCAUAUACACAAAGGAAAGAAAGGUGUAAUUAAGACGCCAAAAGGUAAAAAAGCCGGUUCGUGCUUAAUUAUGCCACCAAUUCAAUCACCGGCCGGUCCAAAUGCUGUACGUGCACCGGCAUUUGCAUACUAUGGCUUUAUCAUAUUUUCAUUGCGUGAAGUGCAACGAAAUACAUGGACAUUGCAAAAAUCACCGCCCGAAAUAACGCCAUUGGUCGGAACGGUGCAAAUGAAAAUCAAUUGUGCACUCACAGUAAAUAUCGAUUACAAAGGAUUUUUGACAAUGUUCGAAGAUGUGUCCGGUUUCGGUGCAUGGCAUCGUCGCUGGUGUCGAUUGCACGGCAACAUCUUGAGCUACUGGAAAUAUCCAGAUGAUGAACGUUCCAAACCACCAAUUGGCUCAUUGGAUUUGAGCGUAUGUGAACAACAAAAAAUCUCAACGGCACCGCGUGAAAUGUGCGCCCGAUUAAAUACACUCAUGAUUGAAUUGAAACGGCGACGUCGCGAAGAUGACGAAGACUCAAUGUUACUUCGAACAGAAGGCGAAUACUCAUAUGUUAGACAAUUGUUGUCUGCCGAUGAUAAGAAAGAACGUGACGAAUGGUGUGAAUAUUUCAACAAGACAUUGGCAUUGAUGCGAGCCUGGGGCAAUUCUAAUCGAUAAAAUAAAAUUUAAUCAGUAUUCCGAAUAGUAAUUAUAGAAAAAAACGUAUUCGAAAUCAUUUUGCAAAAAAAAAAAAAAA